AUGGCUGGCACGCUGCUCAGAGGACACUAUGGCUGGGACAUCGCUAGAAACCACGAGGCCCUGUCAGUCUUGCUGUGCUUCAGUCUUGCCCCUGCGGGAAACUCUGAGCGGAGGAGCAGGGGCUCCCACCCAGGCCAGCGCCCCACCCCAGGAAAGGAUGGAGACCAGAGGGGAGGGAGUCGGCCGGCGGCAGCUGCCCAGCCUGUAAUGAAUCGUCCCAAAGUUUGCUGCCUCAUCUCAAUAGCUUCGCUUCUGAAACAGGCUUGUGACAAAGGGUACAUUGACGUCCUCCAUGGGAUGAGGAGGGUCGCUCACAUGUGCAGGGGAGGCCCCUUUGGGGAGGCGGUGGGAGGCAGCAGCAUGGACCCAGCCACGGAACAACAUUCUCCCUGGAAUCGGCCUGAGCACCACGCCAGCGAGGCCAAGGUCAGGCUCUACGUGGGCCGGCGGCUGGCUUCACGGGGAGGUGCGCACUGCCCCACGCCUCAGCCUGCGGCCCUUGCCGGUGCAGCUGGGAUGGUGGGGUCAGGCCUGGGGGCAGCUGUGAGCCAGGUAGAGUGUGGGCAUCUCCGAGUCCCCAGCCCCUGGAAGGGCCUCAUUGAGCUGGUCCACCUGCUGUCACUGGGCAAGCAAGCUUUCACCAGCCCCAUGGCCCUCAAGCUGUUGAAGCGCAGGCACAUGGGCUGCCCCUCCUCAGUCCUCUGGGAGGGCUCAGGCGGUCCUGCCCCGUGCCCUGCCAGAGAGAAGCCUAGAGUGUGGGGAGCAGGCUGGCACCAGGCAGGUGCCCUGCUCUGCUCCUGCGGCUCCCAGGAGGGCGUGGCCCCUGAGCUCAGGCCUAUAAAUAAGCUCCACCGCUCACCCCCAGCCUUCCUGCUGCUCCUGCAUGCCCCCAGCUGCCCUGCCACUGCCAGGUCGGCCUCCUUCCCUGGGCUGGCCCCGACUGCUGAGAUGUGGGUGGCUGUGGUUUCCCGGCUCCCACAGCGCGGCCGCAGUGUGUUUGAAGAUGAACUUGAGCAGUGUCCGCAGACUCUGCUCCCUCUGUAG